AGCAACCCUGAGAACCCAUUUAGAGAAACACAGCUUCGAAAAAAUCUUGGCAAGUCUCCCAGUGUUCACUGUAUAAUUGCUGUCAUUCGUCUCUCCUUCAAAGAAUAUUGGAAACCUUUGCAGUACCAGUAUACAGGCAAAUAAGCCAAUCUCAGCCUUUCCUCUGCAUUAACUUGACAAAGAAUGGCUUGGUACUUGGAUAGUUUCAUCACUCACCCCUAAAACAUCAUUGAAAAUUGGACCGCUCUGAACAGUUCCGCGCUUUUCGAUCUCUCGGAAAAUAUGUACGAACGUAUCUGGCCGUGCCGCGCCAUCGACCAUUGUUGUUCCUUCAAUAAUGAAUUUUGGGAUUCCGUGAAUUCCAAGCUGCUGCAAUGCAUGGGUGGCGUAUGAAAUCUCUUUCUUUCCUUCGUCUCCGUUCAAAAACUCCAGAAGCUCGUCCUCAAUGGGAGCAUUAUCCAGUAUCAAUUCUCUCAGUACCUUGUGAACAACUUGGGCUAACCUAGGCCUGUCGUUCAAUGAGUGGCCAUCAACAAAAUAGUACACAUUGAGUUUGUCGUAGACAGCCUCACUCGUUGCCAAUCCAUACUUCUUUCCAAUGUGUUGUAUCAGCCGAUGAGAUGCCAUCGUACUCGACGCCUUUCUAUCCAGAUUGAAAUACGGGAUCCCCGCCUCUAAUCCUCUUCCCUUCAGAUCGUGGCUACGCUUUUGGUUGUCCCAACCAGCUUUCCCGCCCCAUUUUUUUACCAACCGUUCCCGAUUGGUCUCAACGAAUACUUUGUCUUCGUCGUAGCCGGGUUCCAAAAAGAAUGGAAUCCGUAAAAUAGAGAAUGCCAGCGGCUUUGGCGCAUCGGGAAUAGGAUUUUGUAGCACUUCGUUGAUUGCGCUAUUCAGGUGUUUCUUCCCGAUAUAACCAUUGGGUCACAUUGUAUCUGAGACCAGUUCGAUGCUAACGACGAGAGGCGAUACUUCUUCCGAAGAAGACGAAAACAACCGACUCGUAAAUUGACCCGACGGCACACAUAACUUUGUGCGAAGUGAUCGCAUUGGCGUCCCGAUCAACCUACCAGUGGCAAGUUUUGAAAACAUUUUCUAAAUUUUCAGCUCUUUUCUGCUCUUGCUAAACUCUUUGGAGACAGAUUGAAGAACUUCUGUGAUGAGACUGAGUUCUUUGUGACUUUGCAGUCUGCAAUACGAAAAUAUAUUCUUCAGCACCGAACCCACACCGUACAAGUGAACUCCUACAGGGAGUGUAUUCGUACUGUAAAUGAAUAAGAUCGAGGCAAGAACGGAUGCGCCAAGGGCGGAUGGAUCCCCUAACAGUAGAGGCAACGGAGGCGCCAAGGGCAAGAGGGUCAAUAUAUGGAGGCAGCAGCAACUCGAAGGCGCUAGUCCCCUAUCAGUGACGGCAACGGAGACGCGAGACGGUGCGGAUCCUCUAUCAGUGGAGGCAAUGGAGAUGCGAGUCGAUGGAUCCCCUGGUGAGUCACUGGCUGUGCAGGGACUUGAAGACGAUAGUGAUGGUCAAAAAGGCGAGAAGAAUGGUGAAUGGAAAUGGCGAGAAGAAUAAAGCACGAGGUGCAGUGAAAUUAAGAAUGAAAUUAACACGUGAAAACAAGACGGGUUAUGGCUACGUAAUGUUCGUAGGCGUACGUACUUCUACCUUUUAUUCCUCUGCCCGCGCGCUGCGCUAGUAAUGAUUUGAGGUACUGUACCAUGUACUGUACCAUACAGUACCAUACAUUAGAUCGUAGAGAUCAAUUUUCAACUAGUCAUACAGUUUUGAGUCAUUAAUUAAGUAGUAGUAGUAGUAAUUUCAAUAUAUUUGACUACUCUGACUAACCUACACGAAUGCUCGCAACGGAUAGCGUUCAUGUCUUUGACUUCUCGUUUACUCGUACGGGACGAACAACACCAUUAGUGACCCCGGCACAGACAACAAUAAUAGCAUUGCGAAGGCAUCGAAGAUUCGAACCAUCGUCACUCAUAGGACCUGGAAAAGAGUGCUGGUACUCAGUAUAUGCUGCAUUCGACACGAUAGGAAGAUUACUGUUCGCUUGAGACAGCAAAGCAAAAUUGGCGGCGAAACGAACUAAAGACUAGCCACCGCAACCGAACGAUACCAUGGCCCAGCAACUGCCACCACCCCAGAUGAAUUCCGGGAUUUCGGGCCCCGCGUGGGCCAAUCCGCACGGGAUUCCCCAGCACCAAACAUCGAAAUCGACGGCAACAGGGCCAAUCGGGGUAGAUCAGCACGAAAGUGAAUUCUUUGCGCCCCUCUCGACAUUGGACGAACCCAUCCGGGAAACGAUCAUGAGGGAUGUUCGUUCGGUGGCAAGGAAGCUGAAGGUCGUUCUCUUGCCGAUGGAGCGCUCGGUACGUGAAGCUCUGUGGUUCGAAAGCAACUCCCGCGCUUUUGAACGGAUGUGCUGUAAUGCUUGCGUCGGAUAAGGUUGCCAAAGUCCGCUGUCAACUAACGCCGUUUUUUAUUCUUGUUUGUUGUCCUUUGUCGUUGUCGUUGUCGUUGACCGUGCUUGUGUGGACUCUUUAUCGGAAAAUUGUCGUCAAUUUGUUUCAUUUCGUCCCAUUGCUUUGGUGGUCUAUCAAAUUACCAGCUUCCCUAUGGUGGCUAUUCGGGAGUCUCUCAAUCCGAAAGCAUCGACCUGACCGAACGGGACAAACUCAUUAUUGAAAGUCUCCGAGACUGGGACUUGUGGGGUCCACUUGUGGUGUGUUUGACACUGGCCGUCCUAUUGUCCAUUAAGGCUCCGGUGGGACAAGCCAGUUUGGUGUUUGCCGCUGUCUUUUGCGCCGUGUGGUUUGGAUCCGCGGUGGUCACGAUCAACGCGCAGCUCCUGGGCGGGACAAUUUCUUUUUUCCAAUCAGUGUGUGUCCUGGGGUAUUGCGUCUUUCCGAUGACCUUGGCGGCGGGGGUUGUUGAUCUCUUCAAAAUGCUUCCCCUGGGAGCCUUUUCGACCCUGGUUGAAAUUGCCGUCCUGCUGGUGGCCUUUGUGUGGGCGACCAGAGCGUCCGCUGUCUUUAUUGGGCAAUAUAUCAUUCCAUCCAGACGGAUUUUGGCGGUGUUUCCCGUCUUGUUCUUUUAUACAUUUUUGGCGUGGCUGAUUUUCUUGUUUUAAGUGGACAAGAGAGAACGGAAAUCCAAUGCAGCUGGUAUCGUCGCUGGCAAAAAUCUUGUGAACUACACAGCAUCCAAGCUAUGUGUAGAGGACUCUUCCUCCGUUCGUGCUCGAUUUUGCUACAUCAAAUAUAAUUUAUCAUCGUCAGGAACAACAUCAUAUUGCAGUGACGAAACAAAUAAUUUUCGGUAACAUUCAGAAUUUACUUUGAUCAAAUGCAGUGUAAUACAUAUAUCCAUGAACA